CUCCAGCUUACGCCUCCGAAGUCUGCCCGAUGGCGCUGCGCGGCUACCUUACCGUCUUCGUCAACCUCUGCUGGGCCCUCGGCCAGCUGAUUUCAGCCGGUGUUCAGGCAGGCUUCUCCGAUGGCAGCAACCAGUGGUCGUACCGCGUGCCGUUUGCGAUUCAAUGGGUCUGGCCGCUACCGCUUUUCGCCGUCUUAUGGUUCGCGCCCGAAUCCCCUUGGCAUUUCGUCCGCCUCGGCGACUAUGAGCAAGCCGAGAAGUCUGUCCUUCGUCUCGGCUCCGCGUCCGAAGCCGUCAAUUCGAAGCAGAAAGUUGCCAUGAUGAUUCAUACUAAUGAGAUUGAGCAGCAGAUGGACGAAGGAACCUCGUAUCUCGAUUGCUUCCGCGGCGUUGACCUCCGGAGAACCGAGAUCGCCUGCAUGGCAUUUGCUGCACAGCCUUUUUGCGGCUCUGCUAUGGGAGGUACACCAACCUACUUCUUCGUCCAAGCCGGUUUGCCGGAAUCGAUCUCGUUUCGCAUGUCCGUCGGUGGCCUCGGUAUUGCCUCUGUUGGUACGAUCGUAUCAUGGGGGCUUCUCGGUCGCUUCGGUCGUCGCACGCUGUAUCUAUGGGGUCUUGGGGCGUUGGCUCUGAUCCUCCUCGUCGUCGGUGCCAUCAGUGCCGGUGCCCCUAAUUCGGAUGGUGCGAACUACGCUCAGGCUGGCAUGAUGCUGGGUUGGCUUGGUGUCUACUACCUCACCGUCGGACCAAUCUGUUACGCCAUCAUCUCCGAGGUUUCCUCGACUCGUCUCCGCAACAAGAGCGUUUGCCUCAGCCGUAUUGCCUACUACAUUGCUCAGAUUGUCUGUAAUGUCAUCAACCCUUACAUGCUCAACCCAACGGCCGGUGACUGGAGAGGAAAGACGGGUUUCUUUUGGGGAGGUUGCGCCUUUGUUUUCUUCAUUUGGACUUUCUUCCGCCUCCCUGAGACAAAGGACAAGACAUUUGAGGAAUUAGACAUUCUCUUUGCAAGGCGCGUCAAGGCAUCCAAGUUUGCAUCUUACAGAGUCGAUGCUUAUGCCAGCGGCGACGAAGUCCUGGCCAAAGAAGGCUGAGUUCUUAUCCAAACCACUUGUCCCCUCCUUUAGAGUAGGAGAUUUAGUUUCAUACCUUCGUCAAGAGUCUUUCGUAUUGCAAUUGGACCUAAUCCAUGCUGUUACUGCCAAUCCUUUGCUUGAGAGCCUGAUUAUAUAUCAAACAUCGAGUCAUCGACCAGCCAUAGGUUGGAUUGUCCUGUCAUAAUGAUGAAUAGAUCAGCGAGUUAUAAUUCAGAGCUUGAGUUCGUUCCUCCAUACUUCUAGAAACCAGUACCGUCGCUACCGUAGCUAUACCUUGCUAUUCUUCAAUCAGUCUCCUUUAUUAAAAAAGUA